AUGUCAGCUUCAGACAAUGGCCCAGUCGCGAGUGUGCCAUCGGAAUCCAUUCCCAAUCAACAACCUGCCUCACAAGUGCAGUCCCUCGAAGAUGCACCGCCAAGCACACCUUUAGAUAGCAUGGAUGUCUCUCCUGCACCCGAAAGUGCGCAGAAUAUUGAGCCGCCACAGUCGCAGCCCAUGACUGCUACCGCGUCCUCUUCUUCACAACACCCUCCGACCGAUCACCAUGAAACGAAUGGUACUGGCCCAACAAGUUAUGGGACGCGUUCCAGGAAUCGGACCGGAGGUCGGAUCAAUUAUGCUGAGGAUAAGGAUCUUGACGUAGAGUUGGAGGCUUUGAGUAAGCCUCAGCGCUCAAGUAAGAGAACGUCUACUGCAGCAAACGAGAACCAAGCUGCCCCUCCCACUCCUGCCGUGGUCAAUUCCCAGGUCGAUCAAUCCGUGAGUGACAGUCUCCCGGCUGCAUCCUCUACAACACAUACCCCCGCUUCGACUCCGGCGCCUGCGCCAUCGAAGAAAAGGAAACAACCGGGUAGCAACCACACGGUAGCUGCACAUUCCACUGCCGUAGGCUCGCGAUUGCGGAACACUGCAUCAAUCCCUUUCAAAGGCUAUGUGGAGACAAACAUGAUGAGUUUUGUGAAUUGUGGACGUAGACUCAACUCGAAGAAGCAGCUGAUCGCGGACGAUGGCACAGUCGUUCAGGCAAAUGACCAUGUCUACUUUGUAUGCGAACCACCAGGAGAACCAUAUUAUCUUGCGCGGAUCAUGGAGUUUCUUCAUCAGAAAAACGAUCCGGAACUCCCCAUUGACGCGAUGCGAGUCAACUGGUACUAUCGCCCAAAAGACAUACUCCGUCGUGUGCAAGAUACACGGGUUGUCUUCGCUUCCAUGCAUUCCGAUACCUGCCCUCUCACCUCAAUUCGUGGAAAGUGUAACAUUCAGCAUUUGUCGGAUAUUCCCAAUGUGGACGAAUAUCGAUGCCAGCAAGAUUCAUUCUGGUUUGACAAACUUUACGAUCGUUACAUGCACCGCUAUUAUGAGGUGAUACCCGUUCGCAAAGUUGUCAAUGUCCCACAACGAGUCAAGACGGUACUAGAUCAAAGAUGGAAGUUCGUUCUAGUCGAGGUCGGCCGUGGUCGCGAACUGACUAGCGAGAGCAAAAAAUGCACCAAAUGCGAACAAUUCGCGAGUAAUCACGACUCGGUGGAUUGUGCUGUAUGCAAGAAAACAUAUCACAUGCAGUGUGUCAGGCCACCCUUACUGAAGAAGCCUGCUCGAGGCUUCGCGUGGGCCUGUGCUGCCUGCAGCAGGGCACAGGAGAUGAAAAUGGACUACAGAAAUACUCCUGCUGGGUCCGAAGCUGCGCAUGGGGACGACGAUGACCCAAUGGACGAGGAUGAGGACGAUAGUGGUCCAAAGCAUCAAGACACCCGUGAGAGUAGCGCUGCUCCAGAGCCACAUCCAGAACCUACGCCUGCACAAAUUGCGCAAGCAAAUUUAUGGCAGUGGCGUUACUUGGGCGUUCAUUCGCGUGCCGAGGAUGCUUUGGAUUAUGAUGAUCGCAUAUAUCCCCGUGCAAGCUCACGACUUGGCCCUCGCCAUCAGGCUAACGUCGGUAUAUGGCAUGGCCGACCUGUGGAACUGGUUAAGCCUGCAGAGAUCAAGAAAAAAUAUAAGCACCCCAAUCUCAAGGGUGGCAAAUCUUCCAAGGACACCGGAACUGAUACCGACAGAGACCAGCGCCUUAAGCGGCCGAAAUGGGUUAUCGACGAGCCUCCUGGCUACAUCGCUCGUGGUUUUGAUGAUCCAGUUGAGAUAAAAGGGAAGAAGGAGCACACUGCCCAUCUCACCUUCAAGAUGCCAGAAUCUCGGUCCGAAAGGGGAGGUGAUGAUGAUGAUGGCAAGCCUCCAAUGGAUGCAGAGAAGCUUGUGGACGAAUAUAUGCAGCGAGUCAAACCAAUUGCUGAACAGUACAACCUACUCGAUUCAUCGGUCGACUUUCUGACCAAAGCUGUUGAAAAGUUACAAGAAAAUAAUUACGACGUGGAAAAAUCCUUGCAAGCUAUGAAAGGCUUGUCUGUGAGAGCAGACCUCAAACAACCGGAUUUGAACCGAGAGGAAAUUAAAAGGUUCGAAGAAGGAGUUGCCAAAUAUGGAAGUGAACUUCACGCAGUCUCUCGCCACGUGGGAAGCAGUGUCAAAGAGUCCAGAAUUGUUCGGUUUUACUACAUGUGGAAAAAGACCGAUCGUGGGAAACAGAUCUGGGGCGCGUUUGAAGGACGUCGAUCAAAGAAGGAAUCCAAACGUGCAGAUAAAGAAGGCAAUGCCCCCAAAUUGUUGGAUGAUGUGGCUCACGACUAUGACGACUCAGCCUUUGACGACGAAAAAGCAUCACAGAAAAAGCGUGGCUUCGAAUGCAAGUUUUGCGCAACUCGCCACUCUAGGCAAUGGCGACGAGCUCCACAGACCGCUCCUGGCACCCUUGUACCCAGAGAUCAAUCAGCCAAGAACAGCAAAGACAAAAGCCAAUGGCUGACUUUGGCACUUUGCGGAAGAUGUGCUUAUUUGUGGCGGAAAUACGCGGUUCAGUAUGAAGACAUCGAAGAGGUCUCCAAAAAGAUUGCUUCAUCUGGAAGCAGAGCAGCCAAACGGAAAGUGGACGAAGAGCUCCUUCGACUUAUACUUGAGGCACAUCAGAUGUCUGGUGAUCCUAUCCCACCCCGUGCGGUGGAUGAGGUAAACAAGGCAGGACUAGAAGUGCCUGCCAAUAUUAUCGAACCCAAUGAGCCGCCCAAGAAGAAAGCCAAGGCCGACCGAGAUACUAACGCUCAAUCGACCCCGGACGUCGUGCUGGACAAGAAGAAAGUCGUUCCAGAGAAACCUGUUGAACCUCCUCCUAUUGAACCUGAUCCGCCUAAAGUCAAGAUUCAUCCAUGCGCAGUCUGUCAUGUGAUUGAUGUACCAGGCCAAAAACUGCUCAAGUGCCGAGAUUGCAGAUUGCAUGUCCAUGGUGCUUGUUACGGAAUCAGCUCAAAAGCCAACACGAACCCCUGGUUUUGUGACAUGUGCAGGAACGAUCACAAUUUACAAGUUUCCACGACUUACGAGUGUGUCCUCUGCCCUGUCAAAUACACCCAGCAAGAGCUUAUGGAGCCCUUGAGAGCCACACAUAAGAAAAAAACCGACCGUGACCGCGAGAAAGAGCGCAUAGAACGCGAGAUCAUUCAAGAGGCUAGUCGCCGUUGGCGAAUGGAACAAGAGGCUGCAGGUCGACCUGUAAACCCACGGGAGGCUCUCAAAAGGACGGCUUGGAACAAUUGGGUCCAUGUCACUUGUGCGAUUUGGACCAAGGAGAUGAAAUUUGGCAAUGCAGACUUACUUGACGAAGCCGAGGGUGUUGGGUUCAUCCCCACCGAACGAUUUGAGCCACCCUGCAAGCUUUGCAAAACCAGCGGCCUUCCAACUGUCAAAUGUCACCAAGCGAACUGCAACUCUUACUUUCAUGUGGGUUGUGCGCAUCAAGCAGAGUACCUCUUUGGCUUUGAUGUGGCACCCGUGAAGAGCAGCCGGCGGGAUGCUGUUAACGUCAUGAAGUUCGAGAACGAGAGUGGUAUUGUUACUGCUGCUAUCUGGUGUCCAACACAUCAGCCAACAACUUAUGUGCACAACAUGCUCGAACCAACCGAAGCCGGCUUGACUGCUAUGCAACUUUUUGCGCAUACCUACAAACAAGUAGAUACUUCAACCACUGGAACAGUUCGGCGUGCCGCCCAGUUCACCACCAACAUAACGAAUGCAGCACUCCCGGUUCAAUCCGCUCCAAGUCGUCCUUCUCUCGUCAAUGGUACCAGUACUUCUGGCCCACAAGGUGAAAGGACAGCAGGGCACAGCCGUCGCUCUUCGCCUAUGGUGGAGUCUCCCAGGGCUCUCGAUGAUAUGUCGAAUGAACCAAGGACUGCAACAUCAAGUGGCAACAAAUCUAGUGGCCUUCGUAAAUGCUGUACAUGUUUGGUCAAUGUCAGUCCGAGAUGGUGGGCAGUUCAGACGGAUACCAGCACGACAUCACGGUCUCCGCCAACAACAAAUGGGGUACCAGCAGACGCAGCUUACGGAGCCGGCAAUGGAUCUCACGAUACCUUCAUGACGAAUGGCAUCGUCAAAGCAGAGCCAGUUGAUGGUCCUGCAGUGAGCUCCGUGGCAGAUGACAAAGGUGUUACACUGUAUCAGUGCCACAAAUGCCAUGUCUUGAAGCGAGAACCGCCGGCAUCACCUUCUCAGAUCAAACGACGUGAGACGCGCUCGAUCGAACCUGUUCAAGAGGUCUUUCCAUACCCGCCACCUUCGUUUCCACCUCCACCAGUAACUGCCCCUUAUCCCCAUGGUCGCCCAUCACUCGAUGUAUCACCACAUCCUCAUCCAAAUGGUGCCUCAAUUCCUCCUCCACAGCCUGGUCCUCUUCCCGCUGCUCCUCAUCCUCCAUCAUGGCAGCAUGCCCCUCCCCCACCACCACCGCAUUGGUCUUCAGCCUCUAUGCGCCCUGCAAAUCACCAGUCUCCACCUGUGGGUGGCAUGUAUGGACAUUCUCCAUUGUAUCGACCUCCUCCACCUCCACCCCCACCACCACAACAUGAGUACAACCAGCCUUACGGACGACCACCUCAUUCUCAACCCGCACCACCAUAUGGAGGCGCACCGCCGCCACCACCACCACAUGCUCCAGGAGGACAUGGCAAUAGUCAUUUAGUUCAGCACUCACCGCCACCAGGACCGUAUGGGCAUCCAGUUUCUCAUCAUGCCAUCCCGGCCACUGCUUCACCUUCCCAUCCGCCGCGAUACCCGUCCCCUCCACGAUUUGGGGUGGAGCGUCCUCCAAUGCCUUCGCCUAGGCUAGGUAUGGGGCCACAAAAUAUUCUCGCACGCCCAUCAUAUCCUCCAGAGCCUCCUCGUCAAAGCGGAAUUGGUUCGCCGAUCAAUGGAUACACGAUGCCACAAUCGUCGAAUCAGAGAAUAUACAGCCAACCUGCACCGCCCCCACCCCCACCACCUCCGCCAUCACUUGUGCGACAAUCAUCCUCGUCACAAUCCCUAGUGCAAAUUGCGCAGCAGGCAGAGCAAGCUGGACGUCCUCACUCUAGACAAGCAAGCGUGGAAAUGGGGAACACAUCAAGAUUUGGUGGUCCCCUAGCCGUACCAAGCCCUACUCAGAGACCAAUCACUCCUGCUAGUGCGAUCCCGGCCAGAGAUGAGAAGAAGGAUGUAACUGGUGCAAGUGCAAGUCCGAGUUUGAGAAAUCUGUUGAGCUGA